AUGGCAAAAAUCUGCACAGAACAAUCCUAUUCCAGGAGACAACGGCCGUCCAUCGACACAUCUGAUGAGGACCUCAGUGUCAUUGAAAAUGGGGACAGCAGGGCACACUCCCUCUGUGAUGAUGCUCUGGAUACGCAGGGCGAGCAAGCUUUGUCCUUAGCUGCCAGCAGACAUACAGAGCUCCACAGAGAUCCAUUUGUAGGGGCUGGAGCAAUGGCCAGGCUUUCUCACUUCCUGUUCAUGCUGCGCAACUGGACAACUCAUAGAAUGCAGCGUGAGACAGAGAGGCCCGACUCUUUCUUAGAGCGCUUCAGAGGCCCCGAACUCAAAGAUGUCUCCAGUCAGGAAAGCAACGCCCAGUCCGUGGGCCACCAUGACACCCUCCGUAAGAGAAAUAAGUGGCCACUAGCUGCUUACAAUAUGAAUAACUGCAACAACACAGAUGACAAAAAAGAGGACAAGGAGGAAAUAAAAAAAGAUGAGAAAAAGGAUGGGGAGAAAAAAGAUGAGAAGAAAGAUGGGGACAAGAAAGAAGAGGAGAAGAAGGAUGAGAAAAAGGAUGAGAAGAAAGAUGAAAAGAAGGAUGAUAAGAAGGAUGAUAAGAAAGACGAUAAAAAGAAAGAGGCGCCUCCGAAAGAAAUCUGGAUCAUGGAUCCAGCAACAGACUUGUACUACAGAUGGCUCACCGUCAUCGCGGCCCCAGUAUUUUAUAACUUGAUGAUGAUUGUGACAAGGGCGUGUUUCAAUGAACUCCAGAACUCUUACACAAAACUUUGGAUCGUGCUUGACUACACCUCAGACCUCAUCUACUAUGGAGACACAUUCGUUAGAGCAAGAACAGGUUACCUGGAACAAGGCCUGCUCGUAAAAGACUCCAAGAAGCUGAGAGAUAAAUACAAAACAACGUCUCAAUUCAAAUAUGACAUGAUUUCAAUAAUACCCACAGAUAUGUUGUUUCUGAGAUUUGGCUUCAACAACCCUGAAUUCAGAUUGAAUCGUCUGUGUAAAAUGGCAAGGCUGUUGGAAUUCUUUGAGCGCACAGAAACCAGAACCAGCUUCCCAAACAUGUUUCGCAUCAGUAACCUCGUACUUUACAUCCUUGUUAUUAUCCACUGGAAUGCCUGUGGGUUCUUUGCCAUCUCUAAGACUAUUGGUUUUGGGACUGACACCUGGGUGUACCCUAACAUCAGUCACCCGGAGCAUGGCCGUUUGGUCAGAAAAUACAUCUACUGCCUGUACUGGUCCACUCUGACCCUCACUACCAUCGGAGAGACCCCUCCUCCAGUCAAGGACGUUGAGUUCCUCUUUGUUAUUGCUGACUUCCUCACAGGCGUGCUUAUUUUUGCCAGUAUCGUCGGUAAUGUCGGCUCCAUGAUCUCCAACAUGAACGCCUCUCGGGCUGAUUUCCAGGCCAAGAUUGACUCCAUAAAGCAGUACAUGCAGUUUCGAAAGGUCUCCAAAGACCUGGAGGCCAGGGUGAUCAAAUGGUUUGACUAUCUGUGGACGGAGAAGAAAACAUGUGAUGAGAAAGAAGUGUUGAAAAACCUGCCUGACAAGCUGAAGGCUGAGAUUGCCAUCAACGUCCAUUUGGAUACCCUGAAGAAAGUGCGCAUCUUCCAGGACUGUGAAGCCGGCCUGUUGAUUGAAUUGGUACUCAAGCUACAGCCUCAAGUGUUCAGUCCUGGAGACUACAUCUGUAAGAAGGGCGAUAUUGGCAGGGAGAUGUACAUCAUCAAGGAGGGGAAACUAGCUGUGGUUGCUGAUGAUGGAGUCACUCAGUUUGUGGUACUUAGUGAUGGCGCAUAUUUUGGGGAGAUCAGCAUCUUGGGUAUCAAGGGCAGUAAGGCUGGCAACAGGAGAACAGCCAACAUCAGAAGUGUGGGUUACUCUGAUCUUUUUGCUUUAUCAAAAGACGAUUUGAUGGAAGCGCUCACUGAGUACCCAGAUGCCAAGAAAGCUCUGGAGGAGAAGGGUAAAGCCAUCUUGAUGAAGGACAACCUGAUCGAUGAAGCAGUGGCAAAUGCAGGCGCUGACCCCAAAGACCUGGAGGAGAAGAUUGUCAAACUGCAGAGCAAUCUGGGUGUCAUGCAGAACAAGUUUGCCAAACUGAUGGCCGAGUUUAACUCGACCCAGAUAAAGAUGAAAAAGAGGGUCACUGACAUGGAGUCAAAGGUGAAGUCUGUAAGGCCAGAAGACCUGUCUGAAGUUGUCGCUGACAAAGACAAAAAGGUCCAAUAA